AUGGCCUCCAUGCGGGAUGAGAAAAUCGAGCCGACAGUGGCGUUGCAAUUACCGUCGGACGGCAAGGGAGGGCCGACAGAGGAGAUCAAGGAGAAGGAUCAGUCCAGUCAAAGCUGGGCUGACUCUGAUUCAAGCCAUGACCCCUCACUGGAUGAACCUCAAUAUGACUUCACGUCCGAAGAAUUUGCCAACAUACCUGAACUUGUCCGCACGGUGGUGGGGUUCGAGGAUGACCCGACUUUGCCUGUCAUUACUUUCCGAUCAGUGCUUCUGUCGUCGCUAUUCUGUAUACUAGGGAGUUGCGUCUCCCAGAUAUCAUACUUUCGGACUACUUACGCACCGUUUCCAGUCUUCUUCGUCAUCUUGACGUCUGCGCCAUUAGGAAGGCUUCUCGCGCGUAUUCUGCCGGAUUAUACAGUCCCAUUAGGGAGGUUCUCUUUCUCUCUGAAUCCAGGGCCAUUCUCCGUCAAGGAACAUGCCAUCAUAGGCAUUGCUGCCAAUGCUGGAAGCCAAGGACAAUGGGCCAUUCGCAAAAUUCUCAUUGACGAUCCCGAGUUCAUCUUUCCCCUCUCGAUGCAGCAGGUCACAUUGUACCGAAGCAUGCAAGGCAAGUCCGAGUUACACCAAGGUAGAGCCAAGCAGCAAAUGAAGGUGUUUUGGUUGAUUUUGUUUGGAACGUUUGUUUGGCAGUUCCUUCCCGAGUAUUUGUUCCCGCUCACGGCCUCACUGGCACCACUAUGUUGGUUUGCUAGUCAAAACCAUACAGUAAACUUUCUAGGGGCUGGACGCGGCGGUAUCGGUCUGCUUAACAUUACUCUGAAUUGGUCCAAUAUUACGUCAACGAUUAUCACGUAUCCUUACAGCGUUCAGGUCACUAUUUUCGUUGCUUUCGUCAUAACAACGUGGAUAUUGAUUCCAGUUGCGUACUUCGGGAAUCUUUGGGGCUCUCCAACCUAUAAUAUCAUGUCAAACGGGGUAUUUCAGAAAAAUGGGUCAUCAUACCCAUUCAACUCACUCAUAUAUACCGAUGCCAGUGGUGUACAACAUUUUAAUGAGACCAAGUAUGAGCAGGUUGGGCUUGCUUACUCUGGAGCUCAGUAUACUUGGGAAAUCUUUAUGUGGUACGCAUCUUAUAUCUCGUCUUUCGUCUGGUGUGGUCUCUUUCUGGGUCCGAAAAUCUGGAAGAUAUGGAAAGCAAGGAAACAGGAGGGCCACUAUCACCAAGACCGCUUAAGCAAAAUAAUCCAACAAUAUCCUGGAAUGACUAAAUGGGAGUGGGUCGCACUGACGAUCAUUCCAAUUGGAAUUCUGCUGGCCAUUGUGGCAGCUGGUUCCGUUUGGAUGCCGACCUGGACGUACUUCGUAGCCCUUGGCUUUGGAGGAGCAGCUAUGUUACCAAUGAGCCUCGUAUAUGCCAUGUCGGGAUUCUCAAUCAAGGUCGGCUUUUUCAAUGAGCUGAUAUACGGGUAUAUGAUUGAGGCCCCAGGUUCUUCACGCCACCCUCUCGGACAACUCGCUUACCGUAUUAUUUCCGGAAAUGUGUGGUAUGAUGCUCGUACGGUCUUGGAAGAUCAGAAAAUCGGCCAUUAUUUGCAUCUACCCCCUCGACAGGUUAUAGGUGUACAGAUUCUCGCCAAUAUGGUUGCACUUCCAGUAAACUACGGCGUUAUGCGAUGGGUGCUUGCCACAAAGUUUGACUAUGUCAGCGGGAAAGUCGCAGAUCCCUUGGGUCAGUGGACAGGCCAAGACUUCAAGAGUUACAACACCGCCGGUAUUCAGUAUGCUCUGGUCGGACCCAAAAAGCUAUUUGCGUCAUCAUUCUUCAGUCCAGUCCUCUACGGCUUCUUGGCUGGGGCCCUUGCACCUGUAAUCAUUUGGCUAUUGCACAAGAAAUUCCCUCGCGCUCGUUUCGACUUGUGGAACACGACCAUCUUUUUUGCCAGUGCAGCAGUCUUCUAUGGCAAUCUGAGUACUGGCCCAUUCACCACUAUACUUCUCGGAACAUUCACGAACUUCUUUCUGUACCGCUAUCGCCGUCAGUUUUGGAACAAGUGGGCUUACAUCAGUGGAGCAGCACUUGAUACGGGCUUCAACGCGAACUUAUUGUUUAUAUUCGUGUUUCUUGGUUCGACCGGUGCGGUGAUAGUAAAGUGGUGGGGUAAUGACGCGGUAAAUGUUGAGAAGUGCUAUGCUCUAGCAAAGUGA